CUUUUCUUCGUGCCUUAAAAACCGAAUGAGGCUUUGGAAUUUCGAAAUAUACAAGGGAACAAAUGGCAAUGUUCGUAAGGGCCAGUUUAGCGCUAUUUAGCUUGAGUAGUAGAUGUUCGAAGGUCAGUUGUAAGUUAUCAGAGGCAGGAGGUAGACGUCUCUUCUCUCGCUCCUCGUCUUUAUUCACUCGUUCAGUGGCCGCCGCCUUCACAAACAUGUCACCUCCCAAGAAAAUCUGUAUUCUGGGCUCGGGAAAUUGGGGGUCAGCCAUCGCCAAGAUCGUGGGGAGCAAUGUGACCAAAUUCGACCAGUUUGACAACGAGGUGAGGAUGUAUGUGUACGAGGAGGAGAUUGACGGCAAGAAGCUCACGGAGAUCAUCAACACUACACACGAGAACGUCAAGUACCUGCCGGGGAAGAAACUGCCUCCCAAUGUGGUGGCAGUGCCUGACGUACUGGAGGCAGCAAAGGAUGCUGAUGUGCUCAUCUUCGUCAUCCCUCACCAGUUCGUCAAGAGGGUGUGUCAGCCUCUUGUAGGCAAAUUGAAGCCAGACACCGUCGGCAUCUCUCUCAUCAAGGGCUUUGACCUGAAGGAAGGUGGUGGCAUCAUGCUCAUCUCCCACUUGAUCAAGGAACUUGUAAAUAUCCCUAUCUCAGUACUGAUGGGGGCCAACCUGGCAGGCGAGGUGGCCGACGAGAAGUUUUGUGAGACCACCAUAGGCUGUAGGGACAUAGAGGUGGGCAGGAUGUACAGGGACCUGAUUCAGACAGACUACUUCAGGGUGGUGGUGGUGGAUGACGUGGAGGCUGUUGAAGUUUGUGGAGCACUUAAAAACAUUGUUGCAACAGGAGCUGGCUUUAUUGAUGGCCUUGGGUAUGGAGACAAUACCAAAGCAGCUGUUAUUAGGUUAGGCCUGAUGGAGAUGAUAAAAUUCUGUGAGGUGUUUUACCCAGGCUCAAAACUUGGAACCUUCUUUGAGAGCUGUGGUGUGGCGGAUCUCAUCACCACCUGCUAUGGAGGCAGGAACAGAAGGGUGGCAGAGGCAUUUGUCAAAACAGGCAAGACCAUAGAGGAACUAGAGAAAGAGAUGCUAAAUGGCCAGAAGCUACAAGGUCCCUUCACUGCUUUAGAAGUUAAUCACAUGCUCAAGCAAAAGGGUAUGGAGGAAAGAUUCCCUCUCUUCACUGCCAUCCACCAAAUCUGCCUGAAGGAGCUACCACCACCAGGGAUGAUAGACUGCAUCAGAAACCACCCAGAACACAUGCCUCCAAACUGCUUUAAAAUUUCGAUGGCAUCUAAGGAAUCAUCAGAAAACGAGGCUUAAGCAGAGUGGCAUAUGUGGGGUGCCUGCAUCUGGUGCACGUUUGAUCAGCAGCACACCUCCCUCGUCAACAGUGAGUGAGAGGAAGCAGACAAAUCCAAGGAUAUGUGACCCAGGUUUUUUUUCUUUUUCUUUUCUUUUGUUUUUUAUGAUUUACUGAAUUAGAUCUUUUCCCAUGUGCUAUAUGAGGCUGGUGUGUCAAGCUGGGUUCUGAGAUUACUGUGUGGUAAGAGAGAGUGUCUCCCAUUUCGCUGGGUUGUGUUCAGAAUGCUGCUUAUUCUAUUAUCUUGGGAAUUUCUCAAACAAAUGAAGCAUAAAGUGCCAGAAGCAUUUUCAGGAAGCUUUAAAAAGUUGUAAGCUUCGUAACUGUUUUGCUUCGGGUCACAAGCUGUUUGAAAUUUACUAAGGUAGGAAAAUAAGUAAUAUUCUGAUAUCCUUUUAUCGUGUAUUGUAUUGUUUAGUGAAAGGAUUUAAGUUUUAGCAUUACUGCGAAUAUUUCUUAUAUUUUUAAUGGGCAGUUAUUUGAUGGCAAUUGUAAAUACUUUUUAACAUCAUGAUAUUGACAGGUAUGUGUUUCUAUUGCAUAUCAAAGCCUGUUGCUUACUAAUUAGAAAUGCAUACCAUAAUCCCAGAGUUUGUCACUUUAUUAGCUCAAUGACAUGAGAGAUGGAUUAUGAAGAAAUCACAUAAUGAUGUAUGGUCAGCUCAUAGGUUGUCAUAAGAAUUUUGAUACAUUUAGUGUUCGUUGCCAGUGUGUGUGUGUGUGUGUGUGUGUGUGUGUGUGUGUGUGUGUGUGUGUGUGUGUGUAAGAAAGGAUGGUUGGGUGGGUGGGUAAUGUUGAUAGCUGGGAUGCAGUGACUUGCAAGUUUGCUUAAGUGAAUGUUGCAUUAUAUGUUGAUAAAUUGAUGCAAAAGUUUUAUAUUACUUUAUUGAAGACUUUCAAUGAUUUAGGUAACAAAAUGUAUUCAUUACCUACCUAAGUGUUUGUACACAUAUUCCUACAAAUGUAUAUAUGUGUGCUCAACUGAAUUUUAGAUUAGGUAUGUGAGUAUCAGGUUUGCUGCCUGUGUUUAUGGUAUUUCUCAUAAGAUGCAUUACUUUAGGUGCCCAUCCUUCUUUUAGUAUGAAGGGCAUAAACUCUUGUGUUACCAAGAAACCCUUGUAAACUCUCAGGUUUCUUCUAGUACAUAUUUAUUGCUUUUUACAACCAAUGUGUAGAACAGAGAUCUUUUCAUAUAGGUCUCUUUUUUUUUUAUGAUAAUUAAGAGUUAGAUAAAAGACUGCAUUUUUUCUUUUGUUUUCAGGUGUUCUUUUAUGUUAUUCUUCAGAAUGAUGAAUAGGUGAUCUUUUCUUGAAUUCAUUAGGCAUAUUUUGUAAAACUGAUAGCAGAGCAGGGACAGAUGACUUGCUGAUGAAGUAUUGCAAGCUUAUAUAAUGAGAAGAUUGAGGCAACUUUUACUUUUGUGAUACAUUAACUAACUGGUGACAUGCAGCUGAAAGUUCCAUUCAGGUUAUUAGAAUGUACCAACAUUUUCAUGAGGAUGUAUUUAUUAAAGCAAAAAUCUGCAGCCAAUGGUUUAUAUCUAUAGAAUCAUGAUAUGUUCAACAUAAUAUCUAGAACUAAUAUGUUCUUAUUUAGGGGGUGCUUUACCAUACCUUUGUUAGUAUGAAUUCACCACAUGUAGAAGCUUUAUGAAAAGAAUUUGUUUUGUUUCACAUAACCAAUUUGUUUCAUGACCUGGGUCCUUUCAAGUGCUUCCUAGUGUACACCCCAGAGAAAUCUUAUUUUAAGUUGGGUUUGUCUUAAAAAGGAAGAAGGAAUUAAAAAUGCAUUUUGUAUAAGCAAAGUAAGUAAACAAUAAUCUGCUUGUCAAUAAUUUUCUUGUGCUAUGAUAUAAUUUUUCAUUAUUUGCAUUGGUAGUGCUAGAUACACCUGUUUUAGGAUUCCAAAUGGAAAUGUAUGCUCAAUUACCUAUUUUGUUUGGUGCUAAACAUGUUAGUUUUGUUUAAUACUUUUUUUUUUUUUAGCUAACUUUCAUUCCCAGUACUGUACCGUACCAUCUUUCUAACACUAGUUAGGAUUGUAAUUCAGACAGUUAACUAGCAUUUUUAGUGAACAGUAAAAUGAUCUAUUUGGUUUAUAAUUUAGGAUUGUAGUCAAUGCAGCAGAACUUGAUAACACUUUGUGCAAUACUCUGCUAGUCACUAGAUGUGUACAUCUUGGGUUUUGAGAAAACUAGUUAUUCUAGCAAGAAAUUAUUUCAAAUUUAUAGUAUUAUGCUUCAGAAACUUCAAGAUCUGUACUGCAGAACAGCAAAUAGUCUCCUUCAUCCUCAUUUAGGCAGCAUUGGAGCCGAGUCUUCUAGCACCACAUCUAAGUAUGUACACCAUAAUGUGCUGCUUCAUAACCUCAUGAGUUGUGUGCUGUUGCAGAGAAGUUUAGUUAAAGUGGGUGUAGCUUCAUUAGUCAUUACCUUGUGUAAGAUGUAAAAUCAGUUUUUUUUUUUUUCUUUUUUUUCUUGCAGCUUUCUAUUAUACAAGAGAAAUGUGCACAAAGUAUAUUCAGCAGGUUUUUUUUUUUUUUUUUCUUUUCUUUUCUUCCCACUAUUAACGUAUGUAUCUAUACAUGUAGUGACAUUGUCCUUGGAUGUCAAGACUGAUGUGCUUCACCUUGUGUAUGGAUGUACAUGAAUAAUAACACUGCUAAUCUAGGUAACUGUUUCACUCAAGCUAUGAUCAUAAUGACUGACAUCAAGGCUUUCACACACUUAUCCUUCAAAACCCAGUUGUGUAUGUGCAAAUGUCUUAUGUCAUGUAAUAUUAUUUUCUAUUAAAUUUUGCCAUUGUAUAAACCCAUUUCUAAAGGUGACAAAGUAUGCAAUGCUAUUUGGGGUGGAUGUUGAAAUAUAAAUUUGCUGUGGUUGGUA